UGUAUUUAUUUCAGAUUUCCAGCACCCGCAGUAUUUUGCCUCUAGUCCUCCGAGCGGCGGGAGGACCGCGCGAGUCCUCCGAGUGACGGCGGUGCCGUGAGCGAGGUCUGCUCUUGCCGCCGCCCCUCCUCUUGUUGUCAGAGGGUGAAGCAGCAGAGGGACCAUGGGCGACAGCGAUGACGAGUAUGAUCGGCGGCGCCGGGAUAAGUUCCGUCGUGAGAGGAGCGACUACGACCGCUCCCGAGAGCGAGACGAUAGGAGGCGUGAUGACUGGAAUGACAGAGAGUGGGACAGAGGGAGAGAGCGGCGCAGUCGCGAGUACAGAGACUAUGACCGAGGGCGAAGAGAGCGGUUUUCCCCUCCUCGACAUGACCUCAGCCCGCCCCAGAAGCGAGUGCGACGGGACUGGGAUGAUCAUGUAGCGGAUCCAUAUCACACUGCCUAUGAAAUGCCGUAUGGUGGUGGGGGAGGUCCCACUUACGGCCCUCCACAACCCUGGGGCCCCCCCGAAAUUCACAUGAUGCAGCAGCACCAUGGGAUACCAAUCCAGGCCAGUGUUCCUUUUACCCCCAGACUGGGCAAUCUGCAUGACCUGGAGGUGGGUCCUCCACCCCCAGUGAUGAAGACCUUCAAGGAAUUCCUCCUGUCCUUGGACGACUCUGUGGAUGAGACGGAGUCAGUGAAACGCUACAAUGAGUACAAGAUCGAAUUCCGCCGUCAGCAGAUGCAGGAUUUCUUCCUAGCGCACAAGGAUGAGGAAUGGUUCCGCUCUAAGUAUCAUCCGGAUGAAGCUGGAAAGCGGAAGCAGGAGGCUGACUAUGGCCUGCGCACACGGCUCAGUGUGUACUGUUACCUGAUGGAACACAGCUGGUUCGAUGGGCUCUCACUCGACAUCGAUAAAGCAAAUAUCAUCAUGAAGGCUUUAGACGCGGCUGUCAUAAAAAUGGAGGGCGGAACGGAGAAUGACGUGAAAAUCCUGGAGCUGGAGGACGAGGAGGAAAAGAUCGAGAAAUUAGAGCUUGUGAAGAAGGAAGAAGGGCGGGUCCUGGAAAACGACAGGAAGAUCACGGAAAAAGAAAAGGAAGAAGACAGCAAAAAGGCAGAAACCAGCGAGCCGGCAGAGGAGGAAAAGAAGGACAAAGAAGACAACAAAUCAAAAGAGUCGCCUGAGGAGGAGGAGGAGAAGAGGGAAGAGGGGGAAGAUAAGGAUGAGGCUGAGCAGUGUGAGCCAGCCAAGGAGAGCCCAGCGCCUGUCAAGGCUGUGAAAAAGAGAAAGAGAAAGCACAGCGGCGACGACAGUUACGAUGAGGAUGAUGCUACGGCCUCCGACUCGGAAUCUGAGCCUGAUGCAGUCCCACCUGCUGUGGAAAGGAUGGAGGAAGAGGAUUCAGGGAAACAAAAGGAAGAGGAUGAGAAGACCCAGAAAGAAGGUGAGCCAAAGCCAGAGAAGAAGGAAGAGGAGAAACCAAAGGAAAAACCCAAGGAGGAAAAGAAAGACAAGGAGAAAGAGAUAGAGGUCGUUCCCAAACCUCGGCCACUUCACAAAACCUGCUCGCUCUUCAUGAGGAGCAUUGCUCCAAAUAUCUCAAAGGCUGAAAUCAUAUCGCUUUGUAAAAGGUUUCCUGGCUUCAUGAGAGUGGCACUAUCUGACCCACAGCCGGAGCGCAGAUUUUACCGGAGAGCCUGGGUUACCUUCGAUCGCAGUGUUAACAUCAAAGAAAUCUGUUGGAAUCUCCAGAAUAUCCGGCUGCGAGACUGUGAACUGAGCCCAGUGGUGAAUCGGGACCUAGCCAGGCGUGUCCGCAGCAUUAACGGUAUCACUCAACACAAGCAGAUCGUCCGGAAUGACAUCAAACUAGCGGCUAAACUCAUUCACUCGCUGGAUGACCGCUCACAGCUAUGGUCAUCUGAGACUGUCAAUGAGGACGGGAGAGUUGAGAACCUCUCCUCUCAGAAUCCCAUCUUGAAAAACAUCACCGAUUACCUGAUUGAGGAGGUGAGUGCGGAGGAAGAGGAGUUAAUGGGAAAUGCGACGGACACACCUGACGAUGGGCCAAAGGAAGGCAACCCAGAGGUCAAUAUCGAGAGGGAUGAGAAGCUCAUAAAGGUUCUGGACAAGCUGCUGCUUUACCUGCGUAUCGUACAUUCCAUUGAUUACUACAACACCUGUGAAUACCCAAAUGAGGAUGAAAUGCCCAACCGUUGUGGGAUUGUACACGUCCGUGGACCUCUCCCUCCUAACCGAGUCUCUCAGCAUGAAGUUGCAGAGUGGCAGAAGCUGUUUGAAGAGAAAUUGACACCUCUCUUCAGUGUGAGAGAGUGUCUUUCUGAAGAAGAUGCAGCAAAGAUGGGCAAGAAAGACCCUGAGCAGGAAGUGGAGAAGUUUAUCCUGGCCAACACGCAGGAACUUGCCAAGGACAAGUGGCUGUGUCCUCUGAGUGGGAAGAAGUUCAAGGGGCCGGAGUUUGUUCGUAAACACAUCUUCAACAAACACAGCGAAAAGAUUGAAGAGGUGAAAAAGGAGGUGUCGUUUUUCAACCACUUCCUCAUGGAUGCUAAGCGGCCGGCUCUGCCAGAAAUUAAACCCAAUCAGCCACCGACACCUGGAGCACAGCCAAUGGGUUUGACCCCAGCCAUGGGUUAUCCCCACCAUUCUCCUCAAGGCCUGAUGGGAUUCGGUCAGCCCCGCCCACCUGUCAUGGGGUUUGGAGCGGGACCUGCCUAUCCCCCUCCUCAAUAUGGUGGACGAGGUGCCUAUGAUGCAUAUCGAGGACAGGGAGGUUAUCCAGGGAAGCCAAGGAACAGGAUGCUGAGGGGUGACCCCAGAAACAUUGUGGAGUACAGGGAUCUCGACGCUCCAGAGGAUGUCGACUUUUUUUAAAUUGUCCCAGUGAGGAUGUUGCAUCAGUGUGUUUAUUACUUUGUGCUUUUGUUAAGUUAAGGAAACUUUGUAAGGCUGGAGUUAUUUUGUCCAGGCAGACACAAAAUGUUGUUAAUGUAGAAUAGUGUUUUCUCUGGGAACUCUCUCUAACCGAUAUCUGCCAGCACUGACGUAAUGUGUCUUUCUGAAGUGUCGAAAAUAAAAGGAAGUCUGAAGCCUG